AGCGCGGACAGCGCCAAAGCACCGCAGCGCGUGCGCUGCGCGUGGGCGUGGGGCGCGGGAGGGCGGAGCAAAUCGCCGCAGCCCGCUCGCGGCGUGUGGGCGGAGCCAAUCAGCGCGCAGCUUCCUCGCGGCCGCGCCAACCGUUCCCGGCGUCGCGGCCUGUCCGCUUUCCCGUCGCCCAGCCGCCGCCAUGUCGCGACCGCCGCAAUGCGUCGAUGACAACCCGUUUGAGGACCCGGCAGUGAUCGAACACAUGGCAGAGCACCAGCAGCCUGACCUGGGCCAGUUGUACAACCCCUUUGAGACAACCAGAGGGGCUCCCCCUCUGUACACCCCUGCUCCCACCAUGACCACACCGCUGCCCCCGGAGAGACCCCCAGCUCCAGCUCCUGGUCUGUCCACCAGGAAGCAGAGUGCUGGAGACCGAAGGAACUACGGGACCCAGAAACCCACGACAGUCCUGACAGCUGACCUGCAGCGGCAGCAGGAGGAGCUGGAGAGAAAGGCAGCUGAACUGGACCGGAAGGAGCGGGCGUUACAGAACGCAUCCGCCUCCUCGGUGGGAAUUGUGAAUAACUGGCCCCCACUGCCCUCGUUCUGCCCCGUGAAGCCCUGUUUCUAUCAUGACAUCAAGGGGGAGAUUCCCCAAGACCUGCAGAAGACAGUCACCAUCAUGUAUUAUGUAUGGAUGUUGAGUGCCAUAGUGCUGUUCUUCAAUCUGUUGGGGAGCCUUGCCUGGUUCAUAGUCAGCGUGGAGCAGGGGACGCACUUCGGCCUCUCCAUCCUCUGGCUGCUGCUCUUCACGCCCUGUUCCUUCAUCUGCUGGUACAGACCCAUCUACAAGGCGUUCAGGAGUGACAGCUCAUUCAACUUCUUCACCUUCUUCUUCGUGUUCUUCAUCCAGGACAUUGUCUUUGUUUUAGAGUCAGUGGGGAUUCCGGGCUGGGGCUUCUGUGGCUGGAUUUCUUCGCUAUCUGCCUUGAAGAGCAAUGCAGCUGUGGGGGCAAUUAUGAUGGUGGUUUCGGUUUUGUUCACUACCUCUGCUGUGAUGGGCAUCGUGAUGCUGAAGAGGGUUCACUCCCUGUACCGGCGGACAGGAGCCAGUUUCCAGAAGGCACAGGAGGAGUUGGCGGCUGGAGUGAUGUCCAACCCCGCCAUGCAGACUGCAGCCUCCAGUGCCGCCAGUGCCGCCGCUCACUCUGCCUUCCAGCGCAACUGAGGACUGGAGAGGGAGGGGUCGACCCACCCCCAGCCCCGCUGCUCAGCUGCUCCGAAGCCAUGGCUUCCGCAGAGGUGAAAGGUCAUGCCAAAUGAUUCACAACCAUAUCAUGUUUAAAACUUGGAUUUUGCUCCCAAUCAGUGGACAGGGAAUAGUUUCUCCUGUUCCCUGUCCCCAGUAGGAUUCUGGACAUUCCCAAUCUCCCCAUCGGAUUCUGGACAUUCCUAGUCCCUUUAUAUCCCUGAAUAUUCCCAGUUCUCCUGUAGGUUCCUGGACAUUCCUUGCCCCCCCCCCCCCCACAAGGAUCCUUUCUGAAACCAGUCGGGUUCCCAGAAUUCUGAUGUCACCUAUGUCUGGAGCCACUGGACUUGGCUGGCUGAUGUCCUGCCAUUUCCCUACCCCAGUGGAUGCCACCUUGCCCCGCAGCACUGUGUCCAAGCGAGGAGAUCCCCUUCCCGAUGAAUCAGCCUUGGCAGGAUGGAGGGAGGAGGGAGGGUAGAGAAACCUGUGAUCAGUGACACUCAGGGGGAAUAGGUACUCACCAAGGGGGGGGUCCUGCCUGCCUCCUUGUGGCCAGCCCCAAAAAGUGCAGCCCUGACAUCUGCCACAGGAAUCACCCUUUGCAGGCCUCUCUGAAUCACGCCUGGUAAAUCCAGCUUGGCCAAAAUUAUUCUUGCACUAAACUUGCCACUUGGCUUGGUGAGCUUUCCCCAGAGGUUUAAGCAGACCGUUUUCAGAGAUGAGUUUUCCAUUUACCUUGGUCGUUUUCCUCCUUUGGUCUUGGGAGGUGAGGGGGUGGGGGAUGGGGGUGGGGAAGAACUCGCUAGAGUUUGUAUGCUGCAGACGGCAGAGUGGAGCACUUCCCUCUGCCUUCCAUCCUGUUUCAAUUCUGACCUCUUGCUGAACUUUACCAUUCACCAUUAUGCCCUUAGCUGUCUGGGCUCCCAGGCUCAGAAUACCCUACCUGCACCCUCUCCCCAUUUCCCGUACUUUGUAACUGGCUCUCCCUCUUUCUCAGACGAGUUGCCCUACUAAUCUCACUUGGACAGCAUCAAGCACUUUGUUAAUCUGUCUUGGGAGGUCUUACUGUAUUAAAACUGUUACACUGAU